AUGUUGAAACAAUUUGUGCAGGCAGAAUUUUUGCUCGACGGUCUGAAUGGUUCAACGCCAUCGACCAACUCAACACUUACAAACCCUGUGACCAAAAAGUCCGCCGGAUCAUUACGAGUACCAAGCUUUACUUUUGCUAGAGCAGUAUCCCAGGAACGUCGCUACCCAACAGUACAAGGCGGAGCAAAUGGGGAAGAUACUAAUGUGAAUACACUAUCAAGUCGCAGAUCUAAUUUCCUAAAGGUGUGCUCAUGGCCUUUUUCCAAAAUUGAUGGAUCAAAUGGAGUCAAGUCAGAGGAUGUGUCAGUUAAAGAGCCAGAUUCUCGCCAUUUUCACGAGACAUACGACAAGGUUAGAACCAUAGCUGCGUUUGAUAAACACUUGACUCCAAAUCAGAAUACUCACAAUCUGUUUUCCAACAUUCAAGGACAACAGCGUCCUUUAACAGGAAAUCCCAGUUUGGAAAAUAUGGGUCAGCAAAGGUUAGGUGAACGGACUGAUAAGUUGGGCAAAGUGUUUAAUAGAAGGAAGCAUCAGCAUAGGAAUAUGGAAGACGGUACAAAGAGAUGCGUUGUUUUGUCAAAUUUAGAUUCAACUAUGGGAAUGAACUCGGUUAUACAACAGGUUUGUGGAGGACCGUUGGAGAAAGUUGUCCGAAUUUCAAAUCACAGAGUCAAGUUGUACUUUAUCUUUCCACAACAAGCCAAGCAGUUUUACCAAUAUGGGAAUGCGACAGGGUUACUUAAAGUUAAUGGUACUAGAUUAGAAGUUAGUUGGGGAGAUGAUGAAUAUCAUGAAGAGUCGGAAAAGAAAGCAGAAGAUAUUGAAAACUAUGGUUUUGCACUUGGCAAUUUCAAAUGUAAGCCGAGUUCCAAAGGUUCAGUUUUAGAUCCUCAUUUAACAUUGCCCCGAGCCCUCUACAAUGACAUAUUGACAAAUGGGUGCAGGAGAUGUUUGAUAGUUUCAAAGAUGAUUGUUGGUAAAAAGAUUCGGCCUGGAGAUAAGACGUUUUACCCAGAACCUGAGAUUCAUUAUUCGCAAGAUUUGCAAAUUCAAAAUAUCAGAGAAGAUUUCGAGCCAUUUGGAGAAGUUAUGGAUAUUGGAAGUGUUAUAUCAAGAAAACUUAGCUUUAGUGUGUUCUACUACGACAUUAGAAGCGCAAUCAAAGCCAAAAGCGAAUUUGAAACAAUUGGCACCGACUUACAUCACAAGUAUAAAGAUUGGGCUAUUUGGUAUGGGAAGGAUAUUACAGAUCGCGCAUGUUUUGUGCUCUAG